UUUUGAAAAGGUGAUCAUAACUGAAAAGAACUGAAAUGGAGCUCGAAGAUUAUUCCAAUUUGACUCCAGUGCAAAGGUUUUUCUACGGGAAGUCUGUGUUUCUUACUGGAGUAACUGGUUUGGUAGGAAAGGUUUUGCUGGAGAAGCUACUACGAUGUUGUCCAGGAAUAAAAACAGUUUAUGUGUUGGCGAGGUCAAAGAAGAAUUUAAACGCUCGCGAACGAUUAGAGAAGAUUUUCCAAACAGAGCUAUUUAGCAAAGUGAAACAAGUGCAUCCAAAUUUCCGCAGCAAUGUUUGCAUUGUGGAAGGAGACAUAACCCUGAAUGGACUCGGACUGUCAUUGGAAGAUUUCGGAAAGAUUCAAGCCCAUGUUUCGAUCGUGAUGCAUGUAGCUGCAAGUGUGAAUUUCAGCAGCCCUUUGAAGUAA